AUGGCGUCUGGUGUAAGUGCUCAAGAAGAUGCAAACAACAGUAUCGACAAACUAAGGUCAGCCGUUGCCGUGUCUCACCUCAUCAUGGCCCAACAGGCUGAGUUCUUUAAAAAGCUGAUCAGCGUCACCAAGGAAAGAGUAGGCUGCGUAAAUCAAAGAGACUCAUCUACGUGUCCUUAUCCAUUCACUCUGGUAGUUGACGAAUGUUUCCACGUGAGCAAAGCCGUACUGAAAUGGGAAGGCGCUCGACAGCAUUGCCAGGGAAUGGGGGGCGACUUGGCUAUUCCCCAAAACCUCUACGCUCUAAAAGCUCAUCUUCUGGAAAUUAGAGGGCCGUAUGUUACAUCAAGGGGGUCCAAGGGCGUCUUGGAUCGCUCCAGGGAUCUGAGGAGGGCUGGCGCUGGAUCAGCGGGGCAUCAGUCAACUCCGAAGAAUGGAGUCCCAAGCAGCCGAGCGGCACCAGGAAAAAUCGAGCCAACUGUCUCACCCUCCGCCGGGAUCGCCAUCCUGCUCUCGACGAUGUCCUCUGCACCAAGCGUCUCCGCUUCGUCUGCCAGUACUCUUCGUGACUCAAAGGAACAAAAGGAUUCUUUCUUGUUCCAGAAAGGCAAUGACCUGGUCAAAGAACGAAACCGCACUCGUGAAAGAGUCUAUCGUUUUGAACUAGAUCUCGUCGUCACCCAAAUCUGUGCAGAGAGAGAGUCGGAAAUCCUCCCAGGAGGACGGGCAACAUCCGCCGGUCUAGAUUGCGCACAAUCAUCUUCUCAGACUUUGGCUGGAAAUCUUUUUGGACGCAAGCCGCAGUCCACAAGUCUCCUUCGUACGUGGAACAACGGCUACUCGCCAGCAAGUCAGGGGCCACUCUUUGUUGUUUGUCUGCACGUAUAUGGUCUUCGCCCAAGGAAAAGAAGCAUGUCAACGCAAAUAAUGAUGUUCGCCGUUCUGGUAAUAUUUUCAAUAAGCCCCACGACCGGCAUUCCAGUCCCUGCAACCGAAGGCGUCGACCAGCUACGCUCUGCCGUAGCCGUGUCCCAAUUGAUCCUAGCGCAACAGGCCCAGUUCUUCAAAGAACUCAUUAACAUCACGAAGUCGAAAGGAAACUGCAUCGAUGCCAGAGGAACAAAUAACGUCGAGUGCCCGUACCCAUUCACCAAAGUCGUGGACGAGUGUUUCUACGUGAGCAAGACAGGCUUAGCAUGGCACCCAGCUAGGCACCAUUGUCAGGGCAUGGGUGGAGAUCUGGCUGCUCCCUCCAACUUAUAUGCACUGAAGGCUCAUCUCCUCGAAACAAGGGGCCCCAAACUCCUCUGGAUUGGAGGUAUUGACCAUGGCAUCAACGGCGGGUGGCAAUGGGUCACCGGGGAGGUGGUGGACACGGAAGAAUGGUCUACAACUCGCCCGAAUAACAACAGACCGACGGAAAAUUGCCUGACCAUCCGCAGAGAUUUCCAUCCGGCUCUCACCAACAUUCCGUGCCACAAGGCGCAAUACUUCGCCUGUCAGUAUCGCUUCUGAGGACUCGUCUUCCUUUCAUUCCCCGUGUUUUUUUUUUCGCCUUCGAAUGGUAGGUAUAUUUAAGGAGCCGUUGCAAGGAGAUGCACGAAGUAUAAGCGUCCGAGUUUGAGACUGAAAAAACAAAUCUCACCUACUAAAGUCUUCAUUUUAUUUAUUUACGUAUCGCCGACUAGCCCUACACAUUUUUUAACGUAGAGGCAAUUUUUAUGAAAUCUCAUUCUCUGAUCUGUGAUUUAAAUACAGAUAACUAAGACAGACAAACUAAUGGACUAAAUGGUACAAGCAGGCGUUUCAAGAAGUACGGACGCGCAUUUUAAAAAUACGAUACCUAUCAAAAUAAUUAUUUCAGAGAUGAAAUACCAGAAUAUUACUUAACAGAAUUGUUUAAACUGUAUGUUACUUGGUUAUUGUGUAUGAGUAGCUUUCAUAAAGUUAAUCAUAACACUUUUAUAAAUGUUAGGGUGAUGUUAUUCUUGGUCUAUUUAAAGUAUUAAUUACAGCCUCUCUCGUCUGAUGAAAAAUAUUAAGAGUAGCCUGGCGUUUACUGGUUGGUUAUUCUUUCAGGAAAUUAUAUAGUAAUCACAAGUCUGUUAAUUCAGAUUUUUUUUAUUGUAAGAGAAUAAAAGAAAAAUAUUAUGUGUAGUCUGGUUGUUGGUUCA